CUCGAUCGUUACUGGUCCUCUGAGCAAUAAACCAACCAAGAACUAGAAAGGACAUAAAUAGAAAACUGGGAAAAUGUUGCCAGAAUGGAGAAGUUUAGCUCACUGGGGUAUGACUAUUGUAUUUUUCCAUAUCCUUGUUCUGAAUCUAACAGGUGCCUCAAAACUGGAAGCCCUCAGAAGUAUUAGAAACCUAAAACGCCAACGCAGCCAAUUUUCUGAAAUGAAGCGAGUAUUAGAAGAAAUCGACGCCGAUUUAUUGAAGCAACAGAAACGGACAUGUGCACUGAACGGGGGCAUGAGCACUUUCUGUUUUGGAGAAAACAUCCAUGAUAAAAUGAACGCAUAUGAGUAUUUGGGUAGCCACAAGAGUCCUGGCAGAAGAACCAUCAGAUCCACAAGAGAUCUUCAUGCUUGGCGAAAACGAACCUGCAGCGUGAAUGGAGGCAUGAACCCAUUUUGCCUCAUCUCCGACCUUGACGCCAAGCUUAACGCCCAAGAGAAACUUGGCAGCAAAUUCGGACCUGGUAAAAAACGUGACAGUAAACCGAAAUCAAGGAAAAGGCGUUCCAUUUACUGGACUGGACCAUGUCCAUCAGGAACGGGCACCUGCAGUUAUCCACUGGUCCCCGCCAGCCAACCGUCCCCGUCCAUAGGGAAUACUGGCAACAUGUAUGGAGUAAACACUGGCUUAGGUAAACCCAAUUUUGGAGGGUUUGGUGAACCAUUUAAGAGAGCCCAAUCAAACAGUAACUUUUAUCUUACUGAUGAAAACCCCUACGCCUUCUACAAGAGAGGCAAUACAGCUGACAUGGACAGGUUCUACUUCAAUGAUGACGAGUCCAUGUCCAACUUUUACAAGAGAGAUGGCGAAGAUGGAGAAUUUGAUAUGUUUGUUCAGGGAGAAGACGUCGGUCUCGGAGAGGAUUCCGAAAGCGUUCUUCGCAGUAUAGCGAGAAAGAGAAGUGGAAUCUCGUCCUUGAAGCGUCUGCUAAGCAACUUGGAUGCACGCCUUCAUAAACAACAGAAACGCGCCUGUCUCAUGAAUCUGGGCCACUCUUGUGACGUGGAGAGUGCAGCGGCAGCAGCCGACACUUGGAAGUACCUGAACUCCGUCCACAGCCCAGGAAGGCGGCGCCGGGACACAAGGGCGGCCAAUAAAGAUCGCAACACCGACGAAGCUGACGAUAAAAGGGAGGUAACAGAUGACAACCCAGCCGACGAAGAGAAGCGCGAAGAGGAGACGGCAGCUUCUGAUGAAUCCAAGGCGAACAAACGCGAAGAGGGUGUCAAACACAAAGGUGGAAGCUUCUACAGUUUUUAUCCAUCCCGACGUAGUGAGGACUGGCAAAGUUCUGACGGUGACGACGCUUCCCGGUUUUAUUCCAAGUUUUACAAACUGGUUCCAUUCUAUUAAAAUAUCUCGUCACGAAACUAGAUACAGUAGCUUAUUACUUGUUAAUGGUGGGUUAGAGGACUUUUAUCAUGCAUUGCAAGUUGUGGCUCACUCAUGCAACCUGUAAGCCCUGGAGCUAUCUAGCGCUGCGUCCAACAGUGAGUUAAUAUGGCUUUGUAUUUGAUUCGUUCUAAACAAAAAUCAAAUUUUAUUUGUAGAUUGUCUUAAAGGCGGAGCACAAAAAUGCCAGACCAAAAGCUAUUUGCAACUUGACAAUGCUGAAAACAGAUGGAUUUGAUAUUUGCAAAUAAGGUAUGGUAGAAGUAACCGCUUCGUUAUGUGCAAUAAUUUUUGCGCAGUCCAAAAUAUUCAUUGAUUGCGCGACUGUAAAUUACUGAAAUAAUUGGAUAAAUAAGGUUUAAUAAAUCUCUUACAAUAAGGUAAUAAUUUUGAUGU